AUGGCCUUAGCCUCCGAUACUGAGAAAGGAGAGGGAUGUAUCCGAUUGGGUCCUCCUUGGCGUUGGCUCAGAUCGGAACUAGAGCCGCACUUGGACGGUGAUGGUACACCGGAUGCGACUCCCCAGGAGCACUCGGCCGAAGAAAACAUUGACGAUCCUAGCGGAUGGACGGCCUACGCCAAGCUCGAGUCACGGAACGACUGGGCUGGCGUUGCACUUACGAUGGCCCUGGACCGCGACCUCAGCAUCCAUGACGCAUGCAUCGCAGAAGCUAAUUUGAGUCUGUUGCAUCAAAAGCUGAAAAUGAGAAGGAUUGUCCGCGAUAUUAUCCAACGAUAUCAGGACCGCUGCGCUCCGGAACUCGGCGAGGAUGAUGAACUGCUGGAUAAUCUUGUUACCAUCCAAAUGAAAUACCACGAAAAUCUCGCAAACACCCGCAUAAUCUACGGUUUCGACAGGCCUUCCAAAGCAGACAUCAAGCGCUGGAAGGAUUUCGUCACGCGACGAGUCGACCAGGACUACCGACUUCCCUUUGACGGGAGCCCCAAGGAUUUUAUCACUUACGCAAAUCGAGAGCCUUUGCAUAAGAUCGUAGGGUUCAUCCUGAAUCACAGGACUGACAACUUGAUGGUAAACUCCCUUGCUGAUCCCUAA